AUGGAUCUCAACAGUCUCAAGGAGGCUGCGGCCAAUCUGUCUCUGUAUGACCUGAAGGCAGGAGUCCGAAAGGUUCAGAAUGCUGUCAUGAACUACACCGAAAUGGAGGCCAAAGUCAGAGAAGCUACGAAUAACGAACCCUGGGGCGCAAGUUCUAGUUUGAUGCAAGAAAUCGCCAGUGGAACAUAUAACUAUCAGCUACUUAAUGAAAUCAUGCCAAUGAUCUAUAAGCGAUUCACAGAGAAGGCCGCCGAGGAAUGGAGACAAAUAUACAAGGCGCUUCAACUCCUAGAGUUCUUAAUCAAGAACGGUUCAGAAAGAGUCAUCGACGAUGCACGAUCUCACCUCACGCUCCUAAAAAUGUUACGCCAAUUCCAUUUCAUCGACGCAAAUGGCAAAGAUCAGGGGUUGAAUGUCCGCAACAGAGCCAAGGAAUUGGCAGAACUCCUCAGUGACGUUGAACGGAUCCGGUCUGAGAGAAAGAAGUCCCGAUCUACGAGAAACAAGUACACUGGUGUAGAGGGUGGAGCUGGCUUAGGAGGUGGUUUUUCGAGUGGCGGUAGCAGCAGCAGAUAUGGAGGGUUUGGUAGCGAUGAAGCAGGAGCUGGUGGGGCUGGUGGAACAUUUGGGGGGUAUAGUGGUGGAGUGUAUGGUGAUGGAGGCGGUUUUGGAGGACAACAAAGUGAUUUCCAGGACUCAGGCGCUAGCGGAGGAGGUGGCGGUGGUGGUCGCAGAGACAGAUUUGAUGAAUACGAUGAAUACGACGAGGGAGCAGUGGCUGCCCCUUCACGGAGACAUGCCGAUGCCUCGAAUUCUUCUCGGCGAAAGACCGAACCAGCUGCGAGGAAGCCAGAGCCUCCUAAGAAGAAAGAACCAGAAGUCGAUCUUUUCUCGUUCGAUGAUCCAAUUCCCACAUCCGCUCCGAUUAUAGCACCUACAGCUUCUACUUCGAACCUUGCGGAUGACGACGAUUUCGACGAUUUCCAGUCUGCGACCCCCUCAGUUCAAACAGCGGCUCCUAGUUACUCUGCAUUCGCUCCAGCAACUGCUACUACCACAGCAACCACACAAUAUGCUUCACCUCAACCAGUCUCCGCCCCGAAAGCCGCCAAUCUUACAGACCUAGUUGGCUUCUCACAGAUCUCUCCCCCACCCAGCAACAACGCUACCCCAGCCAACUACUCUGCUUUCUCUCCACCCGCAGUUGCACAGCAGCCCAAAAUUACUGCAUACCAAGGAUCGCAGCCAAACUAUUUCACCUCGGUUCAAGCACCUGUUACACAAGCGAAGCAAGCUUCAAGUAUCCCAUCUAUCAAAUCUGCGCCAGCUUCGGCAAAGCCUGCUUCCAGUGGUGGUGAUGCUUUUGGAUCUCUGUGGUCAACAGCAAGCGUCGGAGUGAAGAAGACAAGCACUCCCACCGCAGGACCUGCUCUCGGUCAGCUGGCAAAGGAGAAAGCCAGUGCUGGAAUUUGGGGCGCAGGUUCGUCUACAAGCUCUACAACAUUGCAGCAGCAGCAGCAGCAGAAGCCCGCUCAAGGCCAGCAGUCACUUGGAAAUGGGCUUGAUGAUUUAUUGGGCUGA